AUGUCACACAGCCUAACUCAUUUGCUAGUACUGCUGCUACUGCUACUUGCAGUGUUGGCAAAGGGUGACACUCAAUCAACAUCAUAUAUCACCCCUGUACAACAACAACAACAACAAGAACAAGAACAACAAGUAGAAGAGCAACAGCAACAACUACAAAAUAGUACAGCUAAUUGGGUACAUUGGAUAACAUUUGGUACAAACGAUUAUUAUUGCAAUGGAGUUGUACAGAGAGCUUCUUCAUAUAUGAUUGAUGUUUGCUAUCCACACACGACACAAGGACAGGGCUCAUUCAUGUUUACACUCAAUUACUUCAACAGCAGUGGAGACCUAUCGUUCAAUUACUAUUACGAUGGACAGUGUAGUUACUAUGACCCCGACAACAGCAACAACACCAUUCUCUCUAUAAAUAGCUGUACAACAUGGCUUCACUCCCGGUUCAUCCUCACCGACGUCCCCGUCAUCCCUCAAAAGAAUGCACUAUACUAUGAGAGAUACUCAUGGUCAUGGGGAAAUUCGAACAACUUCAACAAUGACACUGGAUGUAUAAUACCAAACCCUGAACAGAAUGCAAGGUACUCGGUAGUUGAGGGUGUAUGCCUACCGGAUGAAACAGUCAUUUCACAACAACAACAACAGCAAUAUGUCAGGUCGGAGAGACAGGAUAGAUACUCACUGGCACUGACAUUCGCCAGCUCAUCAAGGUGCAGUGGAUUUCCAGAGUACUACUCGUUGGUCUGCUCUCAAUACUCGAGCUACAACAUAUACAACGCAUUCCCAGUGAUCAAUGACUACAGGAUCACAGUUUCAUCGAUAAUCAUCAUCGACUACAACACCAUCCAGUUGAGUGGCAUUGGCGGCACUGGUUGGAAUGGCAUGGCCCUCACGUACCAAGUCUGGUACUUCGACGGAAACACAUAUCAACGUGGAUGUAGUCGCGUCACCGACGGAGUUUGCACCAUCUAUACCAUCCCCUCUGGCAUUGAAACACGCUUCGAGUUGACGGUGAACGGCGCCAACUACCUUGGAGUCAGUCCAAUCUUGCUCACAGAGUCCAUCAUAAUGCCUGUGCUGCCGGCCAUGCAAUCUCUGUCUGUGACUGAUGUCUCAGAGACAUCCGUCUCAUUCGCCUAUCAAUCAUUCGGUGGACUAACACAAUAUCCCACCGUCUACAACAUCACGGUCAAUGGCGUGGCACACCCCGAGUGCUCGACAACACUUAAGUGCACUGUCACCGACCUGCCAUUCAAUCAGAGCGCAGUGAUUCGUGUGUCGGCGAGUAACUACAACUUCUCCACGCCACCAAUGAACAUUGAGCAGACGCUUCACGAGAUGGUGUCGAUCUCAGUGUUCAGCAUCGACACUAUCCGCUCAAUGACGACCACCAGCGACAUCCGAGUGUCCUAUACCACGCGCGGAGGCCUCACAUCGGCCUCGCGCUACUCACUCUCCAUCGACGACACGCCCGUUAUCAACUGUACAGAAACUCUCGAGAACACAUGCGUGAUCUACAACCUCACCACGCUGCAGACCUACACAUUCAAACUGAUAGCCCGCAACGAUGGCGAGGCAGUAUACAUCAGACAUUCUAAAAUCCUAUUCCGUGGAUUCACUGUAACAACAUCAUUCAUUGCCUCGAUUGCAUUCGCCGCAGUCGGAUUGGCCAUCAUUCUUGGUUUCGCGAUCCGCUUAUACAUGGUACAGGCAGCAACGAUCAACAACAAGAACUACAAAGGUGGCAAAAGUGGGAAAGAGUACAAGUUCCUCAUCAACAAAUAA